GCAUCUCCCAAUAAAUCCAUUUAAAUCAGAGAAAAAAAGACCAACUUUUUCUUCCUUGUCUUAUAAAACCUAUCUAAAGCCUUUUCAUUUUUCUAGCCGGUGUAUAUUCCUUUGUCAGUUCAAGGCAAAUCCUAUAUCAUUCAUUAUUCCUUCUUUCUUUCUUUCUUGCUUCCGACCGGGAAAAUUAAGGAACCCAGUUCAUAAAACCUGUCUGAAUAAUUGACAACCCAACUCAAAAGAUUCAAUAUUUAUUUCAUUCACCAAAGAAAAAAAGAUUCGAUGUUUUCUACACAUAAUUGAAGAAAGAGGAAAUAGAGAGAGAGAGAACACAAAGUGGACGAACAAGAACGAUGAGAGCUGGUCUAAGCACGAUCCAACAGACUCUAACCCCCGAGGCUGCCACCGUUUUAAACCAAUCAAUCUCAGAAGCGGCGCGUCGCAACCACGGCCAAACCACACCGCUACAUGUCGCAGCCACUCUUCUUGCUUCUUCCUCAGGUUUCCUUCGACGAGCCUGUAUCCGAUCCCAUCCCAACUCCUCCCACCCGCUCCAGUGUCGAGCCCUCGAGCUCUGCUUCAGCGUCGCCUUAGAGCGUCUCCCCACCGCGACGACGACUCCGGCGAACGAUCCUCCGAUCUCGAACGCGCUCAUGGCGGCGCUAAAGCGUGCUCAAGCUCAUCAACGCCGUGGAUGUCCGGAGCAGCAGCAGCAGCCGUUGUUAGCGGUGAAAGUGGAGCUGGAGCAGCUGAUUAUAUCGAUAUUGGAUGAUCCGAGUGUGAGCCGGGUUAUGCGAGAGGCUAGCUUCUCUAGCCCCGCCGUUAAAGCCGCAAUAGAACAGUCGCUGAGUAAUAAUAAUAACAAUAGUCCGUCCAAUACGACGCCGGUUCCGAGCGUUUCAUCAGUCGGGUUAAAUUUCCGACCCGGUGGAGGAGGUCCGAUGACCCGGAACACGUAUCUUAAUCCACGGUUGCAGCAGAACGGCCCCGCGUCGGUGCAGCAAACAGGGGUUAUUAAUAAGAGCGAUGACGUGGAGCGGGUGAUGGAUAUACUGGGUCGUGGGAAGAAGAAAAACCCGGUUUUAAUCGGGGAUUCGGAGCCGGGUCGGGUAAUUAAAGAGAUCCUUAAGAGAAUUGAAUCCGGAGAAGCGGCGGUUAAGAACUCAAAGGUUGUUCACUUCGAGGAGAUCGGUUCGGAUAAGGAGGAGAGAAUCAAGAAGCUAGACGGGUUGCUCGAGACCCGGAUAAAUACUUCGGAUCCUGGAGGAGUGAUUCUCAAUCUGGGAGACUUGAAAUGGCUCGUGGAGCAACCACAACCGAUGGCAGUUGAGGUAGGGAGGACGGUGGUGGCGGAGCUACGGAGGCUUUUGGAGAAGUUCCAAGGAAGGCUCUGGUUUAUCGGAACCGCCACGUGCGAGACUUAUUUACGAUGUCAAGUCUAUCAUCCGUCAAUGGAGAAUGAUUGGGAUCUGCAAGCUGUGUCGGUGGCAGCGAAAGCUCCGGCGUCCGGAGUUUUCCCUAGGCUUGCGAACAGUUUGGGAUCGUUCACGCCGUUGAAGAGCUUCGUGCCUGGGAACAUGACGACGUCGAAAUGUUGUCCGGAGUGUUCAAAGAGUUGCGAGCGAGAGCUGUCUGAAACUGAGUCAGUGUCUCAAGAGGUUAAGACACAAGUAUCUCAGACGAAACAGUUGCCACAAUGGCUGUUGAAUGCUAAACCGGUUGAUCGUGUACCGCAGGCGAAGAUUGAAGAAGUGAAGAAGAAAUGGAAUGAUGCGUGUGUGCGUCUUCAUCCUAGCUUCCAUAACAAGAACGAGAGGAUCGCUCCGAUUCCGACUCCGACUCCUAUACCGUUGACAACAAGCUCCUACAGUCCCAACAUGCUUCUCCGUCAGCCGUUACAGCAAAAGUUCCAGCCGAACAGAGAGUUGCGUGAGAGGGUACACUUGAAUCCUCCCGGGAGUCCGGUUCAGACCGAUCUUGUUCUUGGACGAACAGAGGAUUCGGAUAAGCGAGUGAGAGACUUUCUCGGCUGCAUAUCGUCUGAAUCAGUACAGAACAACAACGAUAAGAUCAGUGUUCUGCAGAACUCUCUAGACAUUGAUUUGUUUAAGAAGCUUCUAAAGGGAAUGACAGAGAAAGUCUGGUGGCAGCACGACGCAGCCUCUGCGGUCGCCGCCACGGUUAGUCAAUGCAAGCUAGGGGCUGGGAAACGACGCAGUGUGGUAUCUAAAGGAGACGUGUGGUUACUCUUUUCAGGGCCAGAUAGAGUUGGCAAGAGGAAAAUGGUGUCGGCUCUGUCUUCUCUAGUAUACGGAACCAGUCCUAUAAUGAUCUCACUCGGGUCGAGACAAGAACCAGGCGGAGUCCGUGGUAAAACCGUGUUGGACAGGAUUGCGGAAACUGUUAAGAGGAGUCCCUUCUCCGUUAUCUUGCUUGAAGAUAUCGACGAAGCGGAUAUGUUGUUGCGUGGAAGUAUAAAACGAGCGAUGGAUAGAGGGAGAAUCUCUGAUUCGCACGGACGUGAGAUCAGUUUAGGUAACGUGAUCUUUGUUAUGACAGCGAGCUGGCAUCGUUCUUCGGGAACCAAAACGUGUUUCUCAGACGACGAGGCGAAGCUGAGAGAUUUGGCUAGUGAAAGCUGGCGGUUGAGGCUGUGUAUGCGUGGUAAACGUCGAGCUAGCUGGCUGAGCAGUGGUGUUGAAGAGAGGUUGACUAAACCGAAGAAAGAACAUGGUUCCGGUUUAACGUUUGAUUUAAACCAAGCUGCUGAUACGGCCGAUGAUGGUUCGAACAAUACGUGCGAGCUAACAGAUAACAACGAUCAAGAAGAGUUUAGUGGAAAGUUAUCUUUGCAAUGUGUUCCGUUUGCGUUUCACGAGCUGGUGAGUCGCGUAGACGAUGCGGUGGCGUUUAGGGCUGUUGAUUUCGGAGCUGUGAGGCAGAGAGUUUCAGAUACGUUGUCGGAGAGGUUCGCGACGGUUGUAGGCGAAUCUUUAUCGGUUGAGGUAGAGGAAGAUGUGCUUCAGAGGAUCUUGAGUGGAGUAUGGUUAGGCGAGAUGGAGUUAGAGGAGUGGAUUCAGAAGGCGAUUGUUCCGGUUCUGAGCCAGCUUAAGGCUCGAGUGUCGUCUUCUGGUACUUACGGUGACCGUACAGUUGCUCGGCUUGAGCUAGAUGAAGAUUCCGGUGAACGGAGCGGUGGUGAUUUACUGCCGACUAGUGUUACGUUGGCAGCUUGAGGAAGAAACAGAGAUGGAGUUUUUGUUAUUACUGUGGAAGGGUAGAGAAAUAAAUAUGUCUCAACUGGUUUUGGCGCGGGGGGGGAGGUAAAACGGUUAGAGGUAAAAAAACUGUAUAAAAAGGUGUUUAUAGUUUUUUUGUUCUUUUUAUUUACUUAUAGUUUUUGUGUUUAUGUACGGUACGGGAGGGGUGAUUUAUGUAGCAAUUAUAGAGAUUUAUUUGAUUGAUAAAUAAUGAAGAUUAAUAAAGUUAUAAGUA